AUGGCAGGCAACGAAGACGUCCCAGAUGGGACGUUCUACGCAAACGUGAUCGACCUCGACAACAACAACAGCACUGUCGGCCGCUGCGUCAGCUCGUACUCGGACAAAACGGAUUGCGCCUCGUGGGGCUCUACAGAAGCCGAGACUUAUAUCCACUGCUACACAGACGCACUUUCGAGCCCGAAGCCUGCGGUUCCUAGUGCCACUGGGCCCUUCGCUACACACACGUUCGAUAAUCCGACCCUUACGCCUACGCCUGCCGGGCGUCGCCGUAUUAAGCGGGUCUUCUAA